UCUUCUUGAGAAACACUCCGCUCUCUCUUUCCUCCUGCGAUUCUCCAUCUCUUUCCCUGCUCCGUCUCGUCGUUGUCUUCCCCUUUUUUUCCUCAGCCACCUCUCUCCCUCGCUAGAGCAAAAACCUUGCCACGAAUCGCCGACACUCCAACCCGGAAGAGGCAACGAGGUGACUCCGCGCCUCGGUCAUGGGUGACAGCCAAUACUCCUUCUCGCUUACCACUUUCAGCCCGUCGGGAAAGCUUGUGCAGAUAGAGCACGCGCUCACGGCUGUCGGAUCCGGGCAGACCUCCCUAGGGAUCAAAGCUGCCAACGGUGUAGUGAUUGCCACUGAGAAGAAACUGCCUUCUAUUUUGGUGGAUGAAACAUCUGUGCAAAAGAUUCAGGCACUAACACCAAAUAUUGGAGUUGUCUAUAGUGGGAUGGGUCCAGAUUUUCGUGUUCUGGUGAGAAAAAGUCGAAAGCAGGCACAGCAGUAUUAUCGGUUGUACAAGGAGCAUAUACCUGUAACACAGCUUGUGCGAGAGACUGCUGCUGUGAUGCAGGAGUUCACACAGUCAGGUGGUGUAAGACCAUUUGGAGUAUCGCUGUUGAUUGCUGGGUAUGAUGACAAUGGCCCACAGUUGUAUCAGGUUGAUCCCUCAGGAUCAUACUUCUCCUGGAAGGCAUCAGCCAUGGGAAAAAAUGUGUCAAAUGCAAAGACAUUUCUUGAAAAGAGAUACACAGAGGAUAUGGAGCUUGAUGAUGCCAUCCACACUGCAAUUUUGACUUUGAAAGAAGGAUAUGAGGGGCAAAUUUCCUCCAACAACAUUGAAAUCGGAAUUAUUCGAGCUGACCGUGAGUUCAAAGUUCUAAGCCCAUCAGAGAUCAAGGAUUUCUUGGAAGAGGUGGAGUAAGUUGUCUGUUGAUGAUUUACUGUUUCAAACAAGAAUAGCAGCAUCACUUAUGAGCAGCCAGCCUGAAGCUUGUCUUGGUUUUAUCACUCUGUAAACUGAUUUGCUCCAGCGACAUGUCUUGGUUUUAUCACUCUGUAAACUGAUUUGCUCCAGCGACAUGUGGUUCUUACAUUUGAAACCCUCCUGAGCGCAUACUGUAGACAAAUGAGAUACGUAAGAUGGAUGUUGUAUUUGACAGUCUCUGCAGUUUGUUUAUGUGAU